AUGACAAAAGAAAAGACACUUUCGAUGAAGGUAGAUCAAAAGUGUUUGGUGGAGAAGGACGUGAAGAAGGUUGUGGAAGAGGAACCACGAUUCCCACUCGGGUGCCUACCGGAUGUCUACCUAAACCACCUGGCCCCAUUCCUCCAAUGGUCAUCCCGACGUUCCCUAUCUCAAGUGAAUUCCCGAUUUCGCGGGCACUACGAAUCACUUCUCGACGCGGCGUACUCGCUGUCCAUCAAGGGACAACUAUCAGUUGGUUUCUACACGAUUCGUGUCGAGAUGGACGACGAUAUGGUUGUGGAAUGGACGUUGAAAGUGGAGAGCGGUGUCCGGACAGUUGUACAUACACAGUAUGAUGGGGAGGAUAGAAGAGAGACGACGAGAAGUGUGGGUGUUUCGUCGAAGGAUUAUUUGGAGAAGAUUUUGAAAUGGAUUCUGACAAAGUUUCACUUCAAGAAGAUUCAUUUGGGAGUGCCCGGUCUCGUUCCACUCUUCGCUUCCUACACCCACCCAGUUACCGAAAUUGGUGUAUCCGAUGAAGUGGAGUACCUGAAACUCGCCGCACGCCUUAAACCAAAAACGUUGUACCUAUUCCGGCCAAAUCAGAAUAAUAUCAAUAGAGGGAGUCUGGAUAUGAAGAACUUCCCACAGCUCGAAGACUUGCAAAUGUAUGGAGUACCGGUGGAUUUGGAUCAAGUUUUAGACUCGAAAUUGCUGAAAAUCGUGGCGGACACUUUGGAAGGGAGUGUAAAGUUGAAGCAUGCGAAGAAGAUUAUUGAUAACUGGCAAUCGGGUACCUUACACUACAAAAAAAUCUACAUCAGCUGCACGUCGUCCCGCUUCCCAAGCUUUGUACCUCACCCGGAUUGGACUGAAAUUCCAGAGGGCGAUAUCGAUGAAUAUUACGACCAUGUAGUCAGUGAAGAUGAGAGAAUAGGAACAUUCAACUAUUCGCGACGGUGUUUGGAGUUUAAGCCAUGGCCUGAGGAAGGAUCAAUGACACCAGAGUUUUGGGAUUAUUGA